CGAAAGUACAUAGAAUUACAGCUUGGGCACCUGUUAAAUAAGCGGCCGCGUAAGCUCUUUGUACUUGGUGCGUAUUUCGCGUCUCGGAUAAUUUCACGAACAGUGCAGUGCACACCCUGAAACUUUCCCCAGGGUCGCAAUAUUUGGCAGCUUUCGCGCCCGCCGGUCGCAAGAACAAAAGCGGGCCAGCGAUCCAUCGUGGGUUGGCGCAGCUUUUGUGGCAGCGCCUUUCCCGCGGAUCAAACGGGCGCGCGAACGCGAUCGCGUGGGCGACGCCUCUGG